UAAUCGGAGUUGAACGCAGGCCUCCUCCCCAUAGACUGGCUCCUGGGUGCCUGGGAGUCAGAUGAGCCUGGAGAGGGCAGCUUUCCUUCCAUAGAACCUUUCCGCUACACAGAGACCCUGCACUUAAGCCAUACGGGACAACCAAUGAUAAACUUCAUGUUCAAUGCGUUCCAUGCAGAGUCUAAAAAGCCGCUGCACCAGGAGUGUGGCUUCAUUCAAAUGCAGCCAGGAACCAACAAUGUGGCGUUCAUCAUCGCACAAAACUCGGGUCUGAUGGAGAUUGAAGAGGGGGAGCUGACUGGGAAGCAGCUGAAGCUGCAGACCCAUGCUCUGGCCAGAACCUCUUUUGCCAAGAAGCCACAAGUCAAGCAGAUUUCCAGAAUGUUGGAGCUCAGAUCAGAUGGAAGGCUGGAGCAUACAGUUUCCAUGGCAACAGACAAACAGCCUAUGAUGCAGCACUUGCACGUCAUCUACCGUCGGCCAUCUUGA